CCUUAGUCUAUUCAAUGUGUGUAUUACUGUUUUCCCAUAUCUUUUGUAUCGUGCAUCCCCAACAGAGACAAGGGAGGAUCUCGAUGACCGCAUCACUAAUGGCAAGAGAAUAAGGAUUCCAAAGAUUAUGGAGUCCCGCGUGGAGGUGGAGAGUAGUGAUGAAGGUGAAAAUGAAGAGCAAGACGGUCUCAGGAGGAAGUUGGGAGAGGUUGGAGCGGCAAAGAAACAAAACAACUACCAAAUUGCUGCAGCAAAGAACGCUGCCCUACAUUCAAUAUUGGCCCAGAAAAUGGGUAAACGAAAGGGGGAAGCUCUCCAACCAAGUCAACCAUCUACCAGGUGCAAGCUGUGCCACAGCCUGAAGAGACAAUUGGAAGAUGAAAAGCAGAAGAACAAGAAGGAGAAGGAGGAGCUGAGAAGUCUCAAUCGGAAGCUGCAGAGGGACAUUUGAGAUACAAUGUAGAUGUAAGAUUGUCAAUCAAAAUUAUUUAUCAACUUAAAUUCAUACAGUGAAUCGUGCCCGACUCGAAGUUGAAUAAGUUAAAUGUUCACUGAGCUAGUAGCUUGCAAGUGUUUGUGUUGUUAAAUAAUUCAUUUCUUGGUCAAAACCCUGUUGUAUCCUGCAUCCCCAAUAGAGACAAAGGAGGACCUGGAAGAACACAUAAUGAACGGAAAGAGGAUAUGGAUUCCCAAAAUUGUGGAGUCCAGCGUGGAUGUUGAGGAGAGUGAUUAAGGUUAAAAUGAAGAACAAGAAGAUCUUAAGAGGAAGUUGGGAGAGGUUAGAGUGGCAAAGGAAAAACUGGGAAUAGGAAGAAAUCCGAAGUAGACAGCAAUAAGGAAGACAGAAGUUCAGCAGCAGCCAUCAUCGAAUUGUUCGGUGAGGAGUCCGAUCUCUCUUUGGAAUCAUCGUCGGAAUCUGAGACCGAGAGCGAAUGCGAGGGGCCAAAUUGUAAGGGAUGCAUGAGCAGAAAGCGACCGUAUCUUGCUAUUCCCAACAAUCGGGUUAAGGAACUGGAGAAUGUUAUUUUUGAAGUCGUCACCACCCCACCAGAUAUGCACCGUGUUAUCACCAAGGUAACAGUUCACACCAGUUGGUACAGCAAAGGAGACAAGAGACUUAUUCCCAAAAAAAAGAAUGGUGGAAACCUCCUAUCCUGAGAGGGUACCACAUAAUAUUGAGGAGGAGUUAUUUAUUUUUUUAACAUUAAG